UGUAUCUGUAGAACAGUUGAGCAGCUUCCACUUUGUUUUUAUUAUAUUUCUUACACUAGGGAGUCAUAUCUUACCAUUAAUUUCCUGAACAGCUGAUGGUAACACAAAAUAAAGUUACUUGUUUCUUCUUUAUUUCAAAACCAUAGUUUCUAGAAAUGUUACGGUUCUCUUAUGCAAAUUAGAAAGUUGUUCAUUAAUUCCUGCACAGUGCUGGGAUUAUGUAGCAGAAAACUGACUGCUGAGAAUGAACUAGUGAAGUUUGGUGGGGGUGCUAGGAGGUGACCAGAGUUCAUAUGCUGUUUGAGACUCUUGUCCAACUGGUUCCUUUAUAUGUAAUUAAAACUAUGGUGGAAUUAUUAAUUCCGUGAAGACACAAGUGGAUUUAUCCCUCUGGACAUCAGAUCCCAAUGUUUGCUAUUCCAUUUUGUUGCAGUUUAACCCCAGCUGGCAACUCAUUACCACACAGCCACCCACUUCCCAGCAAAACCAGGACACACCUAGAAAUUUUAUUUGAUUCUGGCGUUCAAGAUGAAAAUGCUGUCAGAAGUAGCUGUUGUAUCAAAGUGGCUCCAGUUUAUUAAUAUCCAACAUGUAAAUAAAAUAAUCUGUAGCCUAAGCCUUAUUUCAUGGGGUAUGUAUAAACUUCAGACCAUAUGCAUAUUAAUGGAUAUUUUUGUCGGAGGUCAGUGUCCCAUUCUUUUUUUUGUUUGUUUUAUUUGGCAGGGAUUGCUAUUUAAAUUGACAAUAUUUGUUUUAAUUUAAUUUUGGGGUAGUUUGCCAUAAUUUUGUAUGUGCAGAAAGCUGUAAACACCUGUGAGAUUAUAUAAGUAUUUUCAGUCUAACUAAACAUAAUUGCAUCAAAUUCCAGCUAAAACUGCUUAUAUGUUUAUGUCAAGGCAGGGAGAAGUCUUGCAUUUUGAAUGGCUUGGAUGUACCCAGCCUUUCUUUCCCAGAAGUGCUGUCUAAUGGAGCAGAGUCUUGUUAGCAGAGUACCUGGUUCUUUUCUUUGUGUUUACAACCUGAAUGUUUCCAGUUACACACUAAAUCCAAAGGCAGCUCAGCUGUGUCCUACACUGCCAGUUCCACCAAGUAAGUCCUUUCCAUUAUUUAAUCGAUGUGUUCCACAAAAUCCUGAAUGCUAUUCCAAAUAUGCAUCUGUCCUAAUACAUAUGGUUAAUGAAAUGGAUAUUUUUCACCGAAUUCUGAGUGGAAUAUUGGCAGGAAGAGAUACUGUGAUAGGACUGAGUGUCCUUGCACUAGCCUUCUCUUUGAUACUGGUUUUAGCCUUCAGAUUCAUUCAGACCCUCCUCAUCCAUACUCUGAUUGCGCUGGUUGUAUUCGGGUUGCUGUUUGUCUCAGGUGUUCUCUGGUGGCUCCAUUAUGACUACAGGAGUGACCCCAGCACUGAACUGGAAACAGAAAAGGAAAAUGCAAAGUUUCUACUUGGAUAUGCCAUCUUCUCAACAAUAGUUACUGUUGUUCUGCUCUCCCUUAUAUUUGUACUAAGAAAGAGGCUUCAGCUUGCUGUACAGCUCUUUCGAAUUGUUGAUAAAAUCAUUGGCAGAAUUCCUUUCCUCCUCUUCCAGCCAUUCUGGACCUUUCUGAUUCUCGUUGUGUUCUGGGUAUUUUGGGUUGCUGUACUACUUAGCUUAGGAACUGCAGGUUCUGCACAGUCCACUUCAGGAGGACAAGUAGAAUACAGAGCUCUGUCUGGAAUUUGCUACAUGGCAUGGUAUCAUUUUGUUGGCCUUAUCUGGACUAGUGAAUUCAUUCUUGCCUGUCAGCAAAUGGUGAUUGCUGGGGCAGUGGUUACUUGUUAUUUCAACAGAAAUAAAAAUAGCCCACCACCUCAUCCAGUGCUGUCUUCCAUAUCAGUUCUUUUCUGCUACCAUCUAGGAACUGCUGUAAAAGGUUCAUUUCUAAUGACAAUACUGAGAAUACCAAGGAUUGUUCUCUUGUACCUUUACAGUAUCCUAAACCAAAAGAAGAAUGCAAAGUGCCUGUUCAACUGCUGUUUCUGCUGGAUUUGCUUCCAGGAAAGUUGCUUAAGAUACUUUAACCAGCAUGCAUACACAACUACAGCCAUAAAUGGGACAAAUUUUUGUACAUCAGCAAAGGAUGCUGUUUGUAUUUUGGCAAGGAAUUCUGCUAAACUUACAUCCAUUAACUGUUUUGGAGAUUUUCUCCUAUUUUUAGGAAAGGUGUUUGUUGUAUGCUUUACUGUUUUUGGAGGAUUGAUGGCAUUUAACUACAACCGGGAGUUGCAAGCUUGGGUAGUUCCUCUGUUGCUGGUUGGAUUUUUUGCCUACCUGAUGUCCCACAGCUUUCUGUCUGUGUUUGAAGUGACAGCAGAUGCCAUGUUCCUUUGCUUUGCUAUUGAUAUGGAAACAAAUGAUGGAACUGCAGAGAAGCCAUACUUUGUGGAUCAGGAGUUGCUGACCUUUGUGAGUCAGAGUAACAAGUUAACAGAAGGGCGAGAACACAGAAACACAAGACCAUUCCAGGAUAAUGAAGAUGGGACAGAGCUCCAGCCUAUGACAUGAAUGUGAAGAACACCAGGAAGUGUGGAAGCAGAGCAGCAAUAGCAAAAAUGGUCAUAUCAAUAAAGAUUACCAAUACCCCAGGACAAAGUAUUGGUUCUGUAAAUCUGUUGUAUCUUCUGCACUGGUAAAAUAACACACAGUCUGUUUGUAUGAAUAAAAUAUUUUGUAUGUCAUCACAUCUGAUUUCUAUUCCUACACUUGUUAUUAUUGUCAGAAAGUUGAUAAUAAACUCACUGUUUGUAAAUUUC